AUGCGCAGUAUAUGUAUAUCUGUCAGUGCAGUAAGGAGCAGUAAGAUGGACAGUGAGGAGGCUCCUGCUCAGAGGCCAGUCACCUUGGAGAUCACAGUGGAAGAUGCAACCGCUGAAGCCCCAGGCCCAGACCCUCCAAAGCUAACCAUCAGCCAAACCCCACUCAGAGAAAAUCUCCUUCCCCAGGUAGAGAGCAUCGACUUGGGCGGGGAGUUUUCCACCCCCCAGGAAGACAGCAGUGCUACACCUUCAGAGAGCCUGAUGGACAAGCUAAAUGACCAGAUGAUGGAGAGCGUCCUGAUUUCUGACUCGCCUAACAACAGUGAGGAGGAGGACGACGACGACGACGUAGCCCCCAUGGACUCCUUUCUAGAUGCAGUGGAGGAGGAAGAUCAUUUUCACGAGACAUCAGUCGACAAAGAGGAACAAGGUGAAAUAGGUCAGAAUACGACUGAGAUUGAAGUUACAGUGGAGGAACAGGAGAAGGAUAGCUCUGUGGAGAAAGUGGAUGAAGAAACCAGGGAGCAGACAGACACUGAGGAGCAGGUGAUAUCCUGUGUUUCACUCCAAGUUGACGAGCACAGCCCGUCUGAUCCCAACAGUGGGGAACCGUCACUACUAGAAGCUCAAGAGACGAAAGAUUACUCUGUGCCGGUGUGCACUAUAUUCAGCCAUGGCACCCAUCCAAAGUCUUUGGUGCCCGAUGGAUUCCAGCCCACCCUCAUCAAGUCCCCCAGUUUUAGCAUGGGGAGCGGUGUAGAAACCAGUGAGGCAGUGACCCCCAGCAAGCUGAUGGCCCCCCUCGUGUGCCAGCCCAGCCCCAGCCUCAGUAAGUUCUUCAAUGAUAACGGACAUGUCAACCCAGCCUCAGAUUUCUUUGAUUCCUUCACUGUCCCCUCCUCCUUCAUCUCUGUUUCAAACCCAAAUGCUGACAUCCCUCCUGGUGCCACCCCAGCGUCCAUAGCCCCCACCCCUGAGCGCCAGCUCUCCUCCACCUCCUCCUCCAUCUCCAACCCCGGUGGAGCUCUGGACUCUGGUGCUCCCACUCCUAGUUCAGUGUUUGCCCCAUCUGAAUCCACCACCAAGGCGCAACCUCCUCCAUCCCAAGAAGCCCCAGCUCAAGCCCCUGCCCCAGCCCCUCAGCCGCAGCCCUUCAACACGCUCCAGGCUGUGUUUUCGGGCAGUGAUGACCCAUUUGCGACAGCGCUGAGCCUGAGUGAGGUGGACCGGCGCCAUGAUUCCUGGCUGCCAUCUGAGGAGACCAGGAAGUUGCUGAUCUCUGUGGCCACCCAGCAGUACAGCCCUGCCUAUGUAGAGACCACCAGACUCACUAUGCCCGGACUCAAGUUUGACAACCUUCAGGGCGAUGCUGUUAAAGACUUAAUGCUUCGUUUCCUGGGAGAAGCGGCGGCAAUGAAGCGUCAGGUCCUCACCGCCAACUCUGUGGAGCAGUCCUUCACGGGCCUCAAACGUCUCAUCAGCAGCAAGAACUGGCGGGCCGCGGUAGAUCUGACGGGCCGGCUGCUGACAGCUCAUGGUCAGGGGUACGGGAAGGCCGGCCAGCAGAGCUCCCACACCACCGACUCACUGCAGCUGUGGUUUGUGCGGCUCUCCCUCCUGACCAAGCUGAACCUCUUCCAAAACGCUGAGCUGGAGAUUGAGCCCUUCGGCAACCUGGACCAACCAGACCUCUUCUAUGAGUACUACCCCACUGUUUACCCUGGGAGGAGAGGCUCCAUGGUGCCGUUCUCCAUGCGGCUGCUGCACGCCGAGCUUCCCCAGUACCUGGCCAAGCCCCAAGAGGCUCUGGACCGCCUGCACAAUCUCAAAACCGUCUGCCUCGCUAUUCUGGAGAACUUGGAGAAAGGAUUGGCUGAGGAUGGCAGCAUGAUCACCCUGACACAGGAGAAUAGGCAAGGGUCUCUUAAGCUGUGGAGGUCUCGUCUCAGCCGGGUCAUGUACUCCAUGGCCAACUGCCUGCUGCUGAUGAAGGACUAUGUUCUGGCUGUGGAGACCUAUCACUCCAUCAUCCAGUACGAACCCCAGCAGAGAGUGCAGCUGCUCAGUGGCAUAGGACGCAUCUUCUUGCAGAUCGGAGACGUUAAAACGGCAGAGAGGUACUUCCAGGACGUGGAGAAGGCGUGCCAGAUGACAGGGAGCCAGCCCAGUCACACCACAUGCGUGCUGAUGAACAGGGCCUUUGUCUCCCUCAGUCAGAACAACUACACUGAAGCACAUGCAUCCUUCACUGAAGUCUUAAAAAUGGACCCAAAGAACCCCGUUGCCAACAACAACGCAGCGGUAUGCCUGCUCUACCUGGGCUGUCUGAAGGAGUCCCUGGGCCAGCUGGAGGGCCUGGUGCAGCAGGACCCCGCCCUCUACCUCCACGAGAGCGUCCUCUUCAACCUGACCACUAUGUACGAGCUGGAGUCGUCCCGCAGCACCCAGAAGAAGCAGGCUCUGCUGGAGGCCGUGGCCUGCAGGGAGGGGGACAGCUUCAACACGCAGUGCCUCAAGCUGGUGUGAGAGGACACACACAUCAGCAUCACGUGUGACCGGAAUACAGCAGCAGGAGUAGAAUGUUUAGAGGAGUGGACAUUUGGAGAAAGAAAGUGAGUGUGUGAAAGAACUGGUUUUAUUUCUACAAAACAGAAGUGGGAAGCCCAAAGACAUUUCUCUUCAUGUCAUGGCACUUCUCUCCUUUUGUAAGGUGACCCUGUAAUGGUGGUGGAAUGACAUUCCGGAAAAGAAAUGACCCUACAUUAGUGUGGAAGUAGUUUUAUUUUACAGUUAAAGGAACAGCUUGACAUUUAGAGAAAUACGCUAGAUGAGAAUAUUCAUACCACCCGUGUUUGCACCCUUAAUAUUAAGCUAACUAAAAAUGUCUGUGAUAAUGCAAUUG